AUGUUGACGAAGGCGGUAUUAUGUCUGGCUUUGGUUUGGAUAGUCUUGUGUCCCAACUGGACCUCAUUUAUUGAAGCUAUCACCGCGGACGGCCGUGUCCUUACCCCUGGCAUUAUCUUUAAGGGCAAAGAACUUCAGAAACAGUGGUUCUUGACGGAAUUCGGCAAAAUAGCCGACUGGCAUUACAUAACGUCGCCCAACGGAUGGACGGACAACCAUAUCGCUAUUGAGUGGCUUGAGAGGAUGGACAUGGAAGUCAUGCAACGGAUGCAUGGAUGGCCACAUGCUUUUUGA